UGCUCGUGGCCACAGAGUCAAGAUGGCAAGCCGCCCGUGGUUGGCCGUCGCGGUGUUGAUCGUGAUGCUGGAUGUGGUGGCUGCCCAGCAGAACGUCUGCCAAGCACCCCAGGGCAGAGACGGGCACCCAGGAGCCCCAGGGAGGAAUGGAAGGUCGGGCAAAAAAGGAGACAUGGGUGCACCAGGGAUGGGGACCCAGAGCACCGGAAUCCGGGGCCCGAAAGGCGAACCGGGGGAGCCCGGCCCUUCGGGGCAACCAGGCGACCAAGGUUUCCGAGGGCCGGAUGGCCUCAUGGGCCCCCCUGGGCCGGUAGGGGAUCGGGGCCUCAAGGGCCAAGUGGGCAACGUCCAGGAUCAGCCCAAGACGGCCUUCUCGGCUUCCCGCAAGGACCCCUCUCCCGGGCUGUCCCCCAAAACCGUGGUCUUCGACCACAGCAUCACCAACCAGGACAACGCCUACAGCACCCAGACAGGGAAGUUCACCUGCAGGGUCCCUGGCUACUACUACUUCACCUUCCAGGUAGUCUCCAAGGGAAGCCUCUGCCUGGACCUGAUGCAGCGGGACAGCGCGGUGGCCACCUUCUGCGACCAGAGCCAGGGGCUGCUGCAGGUCAACUCGGGGGGCAGCGUCCUGCAGCUGGCCCAAGGGGACCAGGUGUGGCUGGACAGCGACCCCCCGGGCGGGGCCAGCGUCUACAAGGGCUCGGAGGCCGACAGCGUCUUCAGCGGCUUCCUCUUGUUCCCCACCAAGGCUUGACCCAGCUCGGGGUUUCGGGCCUCGACCCCCCACCUGCUCGGGAUGCCCCCCUUUGGCUGAAUGCAAUGCUUCGCUUGGCAACGCUGCCCCUGCGAGGGAGGCCUGGGCCUGACCGACAGGGGUCUGUCUGGACUUUGUUGGUUGAGAGACAGGGUCCCCUGCUAGCUGCCGCCAAAUAAAACUCUUCUCAAGGUCAAA